GCUCCGGGGCGCCGAGCUACGGGUGCCGGGUGGAGCGAAGCACGGAAUGUGUCUCCUGCUGGGGGCCACGGGCGUCGGGAAGACGCUGCUGGUGAAACGGCUGCAGGAGGUGAGCUCCCGGGAUGGGAAAGGCGACCUGGGGGAGCCGCCCCCGACACGGCCCACGGUGGGCACCAAUCUUACUGACAUCGUGGCACAGAGAAAGAUCACCAUCCGGGAGCUUGGGGGGUGCAUGGGCCCCAUCUGGUCCAGUUACUAUGGAAACUGCCGUUCUCUCCUGUUUGUGAUGGACGCCUCUGACCCCACCCAGCUCUCUGCAUCCUGUGUGCAACUCUUAGGUCUCCUUUCUGCAGAACAACUUGCAGAAGCAUCGGUGCUGAUACUCUUCAAUAAAAUCGACCUACCCUGUUACAUGUCCACGGAGGAGAUGAAGUCAUUAAUCAGGCUUCCAGACAUCAUUGCUUGUGCCAAGCAGAACAUCACCACGGCAGAAAUCAGCGCCCGUGAAGGCACUGGCUUAGCAGGGGUGCUGGCCUGGCUCCAGGCCACCCACAGAGCCAACGAUUGACUGCACGGCAGAGGCGCGGCUGGCCUGAGCUGGGGAGAGGUGGCAGAGGGCAGUAUGGCUUUGCUGCCAAUAGUUUCUUCUCACAGGGGCAGAAUAACCCAAAGUAACCCUACAUGAUGGGGCUCUGCGCUGAGAUGCAAUGAUGCGUAAACUGAGGCAUGUGGAGAUGGACGUUGCCAUCUGGCCUCUGAAAAAAGUGUCCCCAGGGGCCAGGCAUGGUGGCUCACACCCGUAAUCCCAGCACUUUGAGAGGCCGAGGCGGGCGUAUCACCUGAGGUCGGGAGUUCGAGACUGGCCUGACCAACAUGGAGAAACCCUGUCUCUACUAAAAAUACAAAAUUAGCUGGGUGUGGUGGUGCAUGGCUGUAAUCCUAGCUACUUGGGAGGCUGAGGCAGGAGAAUCCCUUGAACCUGGGAGGUGGAGGUUGCAGUGAGUCGAGAUCAUGCCAUUGCACUCCACCUGGGCAACAAGAGUGAAACUCCGUCUUAAAAAAAAUAAGAAAUAAAAAAAUAAAAACCUGUCCCCAGA